AAUUUUCAAGAUGGCUCCGACCAUGGAACACGCGUACACACAAAACAGGUGUAGAAAGUGACAAGUACACACCGAUAUUUAUAUCAGAUUUUAAUGCAGAAGAUAAUGUUUCGAAUUUACAUCGUGGGUCCCGUGAUAGAACUGUUUGAUUUUUAAUUCUUUUGUAGAUAUUUUUCCCUAGUUUUGAUACGUCCUAACGUUUCUACCAUGUCAUCGUUUUUGCGGGACGUGUUGAUCGUCGCAGACAAACAGGAAAAGACUGACUUGGGUGAACAGAUAGAAACGAUAAAGAAAGAGAUAACCAAAUUAAAGUCCGUCAUAAGUGAAUUUAUGAAGGAUAAAUAUGCCGAACUCGAGCCAAAUUUGAAGCCAGAUGAAAUAUUGCUGGAAAAGAGUGAGAUGCUCGUCGGCAACAUGAGGCACCUGCAAAACCGUAUCAACGACCAGAUGAAAGUUAAACUACUGUCUUCGUCCGAAGAACUACAAACUCUUUCUCAAGAAUUGAAAGAAUACAACUACAGCCUCUUCUUGUCCAACCAAUUGUUAGAAAUACACAAGGCUUUUGAAUCCAUUGAGAGUUACAAAAGUAAUAAAGUCAAGCAAUAUACCAGUGCAGCGAUUACAUUGGUACAGCUGCACCAGCUUGUCAUUGAAAAUGAUUCGGACAUUCGACAAUUGAACAUAUACGAAUCCAUAAAGCACGAGUACCAGAGUAUGUACGAUAGCUUUAUCAGUGAGGUGACUGCUUUGUGGCAAGAGAAAGUUUUCUGGUCUGAUGAGAAGGAAUCCAAAAACACUGUGAGUUUGCACAUAAAUGGAGAUUCGGACGAAUUGACUGAUAUCACCAAUGCACUUCAUCAUGUAAAUAGAUUGACAAGGUGUAUAGAGACAUUAUCUUCGAAAUUGUUGCUGAAUUUCAUUGAUCCUUUGGUUCAUUGUGAAUGUUCAGUUGAGUGCACAGACAAGAGCUUUUCGCUUCAAGUAGUCAACACAAAGAAGAUUCCAGAGUACAAGGCUGUGUUUGAAAAUCUAAAAUUAUUUUACAAGUUUUUGCAUCAACACUUUAACAUUCACAUAGAGAAUGAAUUUUUCUUGGAAAAGCUCUCCUCUCCACUGUUGGAGGAAUUUUCGCGCAUUUUAACAGUUGGCUGCAUUUCUAAAAUAAUUCCCACAUCCACAGCAGAAUUAGAAACUUUUGCAAAUAUUGUACUGGAAAUUCAGCAAUUUCAAGAUUAUUUAGUUGAAAUAAAAUUCAUCACUGAAGAGCAAAAGUUUUUAUCAAAGUAUACGAAUAAUAUUGAUAAUUUGUACAUUGACAAGAAGUGUGAAAAAUUAUUGGAAGUAGCGAGAAGUAUUAUGAAAAAAGAUCUUCAUGAUUCAUUCAGGUAUAAGCCAGAAAGACUAGAAUUAAUUUUUGAAGAAAAUGAUAACAUCAUCAUAGACCCAAAACUGAGCAGACAUACAUUCUUUUUACCAGAGUGUCAGAUAAGUAAAAGCACAGAGGAAAUAUUAUGUCUUGUGAAAGAUAUUUUAGAAGAAGCUUGUCACAGCUCGGAUAAAUAUGUUUUAAGGCUAUUUUAUACAAGCAGAAAUAUAAUGGAGAUGUACGCAGCCUUAGUUCCAGAAAUACACAGAUCCUUCUUAGAAACUAUACCUCAGCAAGUUGCAAUAUUCCACAACAACUGUUUUUACCUUGCUCAUCAUUUAUUAACAUUGGCAUACAAGUAUAAAAGCAAAAUGCCAAAUCUUUUGCAAGAAUUUUCCAUAAUCUAUUCUGAUCAAGUUUUACUACUUAGAGAAGUUGGUUCUGAGUACUUUUUAAAUCACAUGAAGUACCAGAGAGAUAUUAUCUUUGAAAUUUUACGCGAAUCAGGUUUAUCUUCAAUUGGUCAAAUGCCAGAAUUACCAGUGACUACAGAACGAUCUUUGAGACAGUGCAUAAGGCAACUAGAACUUCUGAAAACAGUAUGGAUUGAAAUUUUACCAAUCAAAGUAUACUGCAGAGCUCUUGGCUGUAUCGUUAAUGAUAUGGCAGAUGAUAUUUGUGCAAAACUGAUAAGUGUAGAGGAUAUUCCAGCAGAUGUGGCUUCAGAGUUGGUUACGCUUUUCAACAUGGUUGUUAAAAGAAUACCCCAGAUUUUUCCAGAACCAGCAUUAAUAGAGCAACAUGUUCAGAAGUGGAGGAAGUUAAAGGAGUUGAUAAUAAUAUUGGGAGCAUCCUUAAAAGAAAUAGAAGACAGAUGGGCAGAUGGAAAGGGUCCACUUGCAAACGAGUUCUCACCUCAGCAUGUAAAGCAGCUGAUUAGAGCACUUUUUCAAAAUACAGAGAGAAGAUCCAACUUAUUAUCUAAGAUAAAGGAAAAGUGAUACUACUGUAGAUAAUGAAACGUUGCAUGAGUAUUUAAUACUUACGUGAUUUGUUUGACUUGUAAAUAUAAGCAACAGAAUACUUUGCUAAACGAAUUUAUAUGCGUGUAUUAUAAAAACAAUGUAAGAUUUUUACAUGUUCAAUAUAUUAUUGUUAAUUUAGAAAAAAAAACUAUUUUCUUAUUUGAAAUAUUUUAAAGAUUAAAUUUUGAUUAUUUUUAGCAAAGUUUUAUCAAAUUUUAUGUACUUGUAGUUUAGCAAUGAUUUUUAAUUUUGAAAAAAUAAAUUUAUGAUAAAUUUAAUUUGUCCGUUUAAAAAAAAUAUUUAAGGUCGUUGUUGAAAAUGUUAGUUUCCCUUCCUCACAAAUUUAGUUUUGUAAAUAAACGGAGAUAGGCGGGCAGACAGGCAGGGUGGCAGGCAAUAGUGAGCGCAAAAUAUUUAAUGAUGUUUUCAUUUCAAUUUCAGACAAAUUACAAGAAUGUUAAAUAACAUCGCCAAUUUUAUCUUGUAUUGGUUUAAUAAAACUUGUAUGUUAACUUAUAAAAAAACAACACUUUUCAAUUUUACGAACUAGUCACAGACUAUAUUUUGUAAUGGAAACUUAAAGUUUCAUCCAUAAAUUAGUUUCGGUUUUGUUUUUUUAUAAAAAAAAAAAAAUACUAUAAAUAGUAUCAGUUACA